AAUAAAGAAAUGUGUAUCAGUCUUUCGCUUCACUGCGUCAAAUGUCCUUUACGUAAAAACAGGUUUAACGCGUGUGUAAACUCUUCCCCAAAUUGUAACACAGCGGCCAUAACUGGCCGACCGCCAGCUACAGACUGGCUCAGCAUCUCUUCCUGGAGACGGUUGCUAACAACUUGGAAGUGCAGGCAAGAGGAACAGGACGACAGCACCGCUGUAAAUUAGAUAGUGGUCCCGAUAAAAAUCAUAAUAAAAAAGCAACGGCACUCCACGGGAAGCAAUAUAACUUUCAUCUACCACAGACAGGAAGAAGAGGAGAAGACCAUGCCUCGGGGACGAUCAGCUGCCAGUAUACACUCAGACAGCAGUGAGAUGGACAUCGAUGGGAUCGAGACAGAGCUGGCCAAACUGCAGAGACAGUUCCGCAUCAUGGAGGGAGACCGGCAGGCUUACGGCAUCGAGUCCCAGGACUUAAUCCGAAGGCAGCUGGCAGAAAUGGAGAAGCUGCAGCAGGAGCACGAGGAGCUGCAGAGAAGCCUACAGGUGUCCGAGAGCCGUGUGAACCGCCAGCGAGACGAGGAGAUCACACAGGGCCUGCGCAAGAAGCUGGGGAAGCACGACGAGCUGGAGGAGCAGCUGGCCAGAGAGAAACACACACUCGCGCAGCUGGAUCAAGAGAUCCUCCAGCUGGAGCGCAAGCUGGGAAGUCAGAGAAGAGGAGGGCCCAGUGCGACCCAGGCCCAGAGACCUCAGCCCCUGCACACCCUGAAAGCCUGCCGAACCCUGGAAAACAAACUGGACCGGGCUCUUACCCGGUUUAACGAGCAGCUGACCAAGAACGGCCAUUUGCGAGAGGAGCUGGACACACUGCGAGUGGAGAAAGCCAGAUUCCAGCAGCUGUACCGCAGACUGGACAAGGAGCUCAAUGAGAUCCGCAAGGAGAUCGGGGCUAUGAUUGACACCUCCACUGCAGCUUAUGAUGCCAGGGUGGAGGCCCAGUCCAAGAUGGUGCUCUUGAAGGAGAAGGCAGUGAAAGAUCUGGCCCAGUACACCGCCGAGAUGAAGGAGCUGGAGAGAGUCAUCGCACACGAGCGCCGGCUUAAGGAGUUCAUGAACACCAAGAGCCACGAGAGGAACGGCCAAGAGGAGGGCCAGGACCCCAGCCGCAGGCAGGCGGAAGAGAAAGAGCGCAGGAAGGCUGAUUCAGGACAGGACACUGCAGAAUCCCUGGAGGAAGCUUUCCACAAGAUCUACAAUGUAACCGGAGAGAAGGACCUGGAAGUACUGGUGAAGAGAUUCAUCGAGGUUGAAGAUCGGAACUUCGCUCUCUUCAAUUACGUAAACGAACAGAACAAUGAAGCAGAGAUGCUGCAGGACCAAAUCAAACAGAUCCAGCAGGAAAUGGCGCAGUUCCGUUCCUUGGGUCUGCGUUUGGAGCAGGAGCACAAAGCACUUCUGCAGGACAUUGAGCAGCAACAACAAAAUGCAGAAGGGCAAGCACAGGGCUAUGAACUCCGAGCCACAGAAGUCAGCAAGAUCCUGGACCAGCUCAAGACAGGAAUUGGUGCUGUAUUCAGUAAAAUCGACUGUGAUCGCUCAGUGAUUGAGGACAUGCUGGGAUCCUCUGCUGGGAUCAGAGACACCAACAUCAUGACAUACCUGGGACUAGUGGAGCAGAAAGCCAAUGAGUUGCUGACUGUCCAGUCAUACCUCAGUUCUAAGGACUACGAAAAAGAUUAUGACCCCAAAGAAGUUGCUCGUGUCCUGUUAGGUCAGAGCCCAGAACUUCCCAUCCAGAACCUGUCCAUCCAGCCACCCUCCACUGGGGAGGACUAUGACACAGAAGAGUCACUACUCACAGAUGAGGAGGAACGACCACUGACCCGGGCAGAGCUGCGCCAGAGAAUAAUGAAAGGGGUACUCCAGAAGGAGAAAGCCAGUCGCCCUGAAGGAGGAAAGGAGGUCAAAGCCUCCAAAAUAAAUGUGGCCUCCACCACAAAGAGGCGCUCUCAAGAGGCCUAAAGCUGAAGUGGGAAGCAGCAUGUCUUUCAGCAUCUCUUCACGCAUUAGAUCCACACAUGUUGUGAUCUACUAUGCUAUGAUGCCUCAUGACCAGCCCAGACUGUUACACCCCUUACACACAGGGAAACUCUUCUGUCUCCAGUGCUUGGAUUCAUAUGCCAAUCCUGAUUCUCAGAAAAACCUUAAUGUACGAACAACCUGUCUUCUAUCAUAAUCUCCACCAAGGCUCCCAAACAUGCUUCCAAAAAUACCAAUACCUUUUCUUCGUCUCAAAAUUGUGAUAGCAAUGAAAAACAUUACAGCACAACCAUCAAACCUGUAGGUCAGAACUGGUGGGUGUGAAAUUGGUCAAUUUUUUUAGCCCUAAACAGAUCACAGCCUUUAAACAAGCAUGGUCAUUGUCAGAAUUCAGAGGUCAGGCAGUGUGGCACAGCUGUGAACUUCUGCCGGCAGUGUUAAAGUAGUAACUCGCAUGGUGAUUGGACCAGCCCCUUGUUUACCUAGGGAUGGAGUAAUUCCUCAUUCUCCCUGACCAACUUCACCACCACUAAAUUAAAUUAAAUACACAUUAAAAGACAUUUAGUAAUACGUCGAGCAAAAAAAAAAAGAAAUUUGUUGUGACCGACACUUGCUUGCUGUCUAGAUGUUACAGCUCUCUAGCAGUAGAGGGCAGCAGAGCUUCAGCUGUGCUUUCAGUCCGGAUAGACCUGCAGCCUAUCUGAUCUCACGGACAGAAUAAAGGCAAAGACAUCCUGGACCAAAUCAUAAAAUAGAGUCAAGCACAGAAAUAUUUUUAAAAUGCUUUAUAUUAUUUAGAAUUUGAGCUAUGAAAAAGGAGCAAUUAGUUACAAAUCAAUGUCAAGAAAACACAAUGGUUGUGGUACUGUACUCUGCCAAAAGAACUCAAUAACCUUUAUCACCAUGCCUGCAUCCAUCUGUACAGCCUCCAUCAUCACACAUGAAAUUUGUCAUUUAAUUUUUUUAAUUAACAGCAUUAAAUCUGAAAGAUUCCACAUAUUUUAUAUACAGUGCGUACAGUAAAAACAGAGGACUGGAAUGUCACAUAAAAGUUGAGUUAUAUGAGUAUGUAAUUACCGUGCGCUUGUUGUAACAUGUAGUCAGUGUCUAAUCAGGUUCAAGUAUUCUGUAUUCUGCCUUAAGACUGUUACACUUCUGUUAUCUAUGUAAAAACAUGUGACAGAUAUUAAAAAUUAAAACGCAAA